GUACAAUACAGCGCUUGUCUGUGCAGGGAGAAGGAAAGUAGGACAAAUGGUACGGCAGGGUCAUGAAGGUUUAUGAGCAUUAUUAUUAUUAUUAUUAGUGCUUUGUCAACGUGUGGCACCAGAUCGCUCGCUUCCUACUUUGUGUGUGUUUGUUGGAGAUCGGUUUUUUUGGGGGACUUGUUUUUGACAGAAGUGACUUUAUUUUUCUUCUGCCCAUUUAUGAAGUGACGAAGUAACUUUUCUCUCUUUUUACUCCUCGUGUGUUGUGCAAAGCGGGGAGGGGGGGAGGAGGGAGGGAGAGAGAGAGAAGAAAACAAACUUCAAAACUCCAGUCAUGGCCGAGGCACCGCCGCUGCAACAGGUCGUCGAGAUCGACCCCGAUUUCGAGCCGCAAUCCCGGCCCCGUUCGUGCACCUGGCCUUUACCCCGGCCGGAUUUCAGCUGCGCUUCGUCGCCGGCUUCGGUGAAACAAGAAGGGCAGAGUGAGUUCAGCCUGACCCCGGAAGGGGCCGGCCGGGUGAGUGCUUCGGUGUCGCCGGCUCUCGUGCUGGAGGAGCAGGACGAGGACUUUGAGCAGAAACCCGCUGUUCUGGGUCUCGAGUGCUGCGGUGACUUCCCGUGUCAGCAGCAGCAUCAGCACCAACACCAGCAGCCGCAGCAGCAGCAGCAAGUCCCCUCGGCUGGAGCCGCUUCGGCAGCCCAGAGGAAGAGCAGCUCGUCCCGGAGAAACGCUUGGGGGAACCUGUCAUACGCUGACCUCAUCACUAAAGCUAUCGAGAGCUCCCCGGAGAAGAGGCUGACCCUGUCCCAGAUUUACGACUGGAUGGUCAGAAGCGUUCCUUACUUCAAAGAUAAAGGAGACAGCAACAGCUCUGCUGGAUGGAAGAAUUCAAUCCGUCACAAUCUGUCACUGCACAGCAAGUUUGUAAGAGUUCAGAAUGAAGGAACUGGCAAGAGUUCUUGGUGGAUGCUGAAUCCCGAAGGGGGAAAGAGUGGAAAAUCUCCAAGGAGACGAGCAGCUUCCAUGGAUAACAACAGCAAGUUUGCUAAAAGCAGAGGGAGAGCAGCUAAAAAAAAGGCUGCACUUCAGGCGGGCCAAGAUGGCAGCGCUGAUAGUCCGGGAACACAAUUCUCAAAAUGGCCUGGAAGUCCCAAUUCCCACAGUAAUGAUGACUUUGAUGCCUGGACCACUUUCAGAACGAGAACUGGCUCAAAUGCUAGCACAUUAAGUGGAAGGCUUUCACCUAUUAUGCCAGAACAAGAAGAUAUUGGGGAUGGUGAGGUUCAUCAAAUGUCACCCUUAGUCUACCCUGGUACCUCAAGUAAAAUGGCAUCAACGCUACCAAGUCUAAGUGAGAUGACUAGUUCUAUGAACAAUUCCAUGACUGAAAAUGUAAUGGAGGAUCUUUUGGAUAACUUAAAUCUUUUGUCCCCAAAUUCAUCAAUGGUAGCAUCUACCCAGCCUUCAUCAGUGUCACUAAUGCAGCAAAGUACUGGCUAUUCUUUUCCACCUCAGAACACAGCCAUUGGUUCACAGACCCCAGAUUACAGAAAGUGCCUGUAUGCUCAAAGCAGUAUGAAUCCCCUACAGCAAAUUCCUUUGCAGACUUUUCAAGAAAAGAAACAGAGCUUUGGACCGAUUACCCAAUAUAACUGUCCAACAGGACUCCUUAAAGAGUUACUAACUUCUGACUCCCCGCCUCAUAGUGAUAUGCUGCCACAAGUAGAUACUGUGGUAUCACAAGCUAAUAGUAGGAUGGCCAGUCAAAAUAUGAUGAUCCCCACAACAUAUACCAAUCAGGCAGUUCACACCAAGAUGAUGAACCCCAGCAUCCAGCAACAUCCAGUACAUAGUCAGCAUUCAUUCACAAUAAAUGGCCGUGCCUUACCUCAAACAGUGAGCAUCAUGGCUCAUCCUUCAAAUAUCCGGCAUCCGUCCGCACCAAAAAGUCAGCUACAAAUGCCUAUGUCUUUGCAAGUAAAUGCAAUGGAUCCAUGUAAUGGCGGUUACGGAAGAAUGAAUCUUGCUGCUGUGAGUCAGGAGAGGCUGCCUAGUGAUUUGGACGAUAUGUUCAUUGAAAGGCUGGACUGUGAUGUUGAAUCCAUUAUUCGUAAUGAUCUUAUGGAUGGCGAUACUCUAGAUUUUAACUUUGACUGCUAUUCAAACAGUGCAAAGGCAUCCACACACAGCUGGGUAUCUGGCUAAAUUUUACAGCGAGAUUUCUCUGAAGGCACCCAGACUGGAUUGACAUCAGGAAUUGGGAAAAGCAGUCCAAAGAUGUCCUUCACCCUUACUGAAUUCUCUUGAUAAAUGCUCCCUUUUCCCUUUCAUCAUACUUGGCAGCAUGGAACAUUUUCCUGCACAGGAUGUUUGCCCAAUGUUUGCAGGUUAUGUGCUGCUCUAGAUAAGGCCUCUGGAAUUUGGAACUGUUUGGUUACAAAGUGCCAAACUCACUACAGAAUGUCAUUUCAAACAUAUGUGCAUUGUGUGCUUAAUUAACAAUUUUCUUUUAAAUUAUGAGCAUUACAUGGACCUGAUCUGGUUGUUGACUAUGGCUGUAACAAACUCUGUUCACAAAUCCAGUACUGUAUUGUGAAAAUUUCAGUGCAAUUAACACACUUGCCAUUUUAUUUUAAAACACCACCAUUAUAUGAUGGUGGCAAGUCCUUCAUCUCUGACAAGUAGGACUGACCUGCUGUUAAGUUUGGAUUUCAAAACUUGCCAGUUUGUAGUAGCACAUAAUUGUAUUAAUAAUUCUGCCUUUAAGCCUUAGGACAGGCUGCCUGCAUAUCUAAUAUGUUGUUGCUGCUGACUCUCUCUUAUACCACUGGGCUUGUAAUGGUAGUAGCUUGUACAUGGGAUGCUGGUUUUAGUGAGUGACUUUAGAUAAUGGGCCCAUUUCAAAAUAUUCCUAACAAUAAAGCCAUGAUCCAACAUGCAGAAGUUAUACGCACAUGACCUUUUCCAAAUACACAUUACACAAGGAAUUUAAAAACAAAUCAACUCUUACAAGAUCUGAAUACAUUAAUUUUUGUCAACUUUAAAGACUGCCCUUUGGAAACAAAUAGUGGGGUGCAUGUGGGCAGAUUUUAACUGAACUCACCUGGCAGGAAACUGGAUCACAUUGGCUGCCCAUAUUACACUGCCUGGUGAAUUCGGUGGAAGGUUAUAUCAGACAUGGUAUAAAAUGGGUGGCUGAUCCAAAUCCUACAGGUUUCCAUUUGGGUAGGUUAGGUUAAAAUGACCUUAAGAGUUUAAUAUUCAAAUAUUACUUUCGCUUCAAGAGAUUUGUAAUACAUGUUAUGGCAUAUAGUUCAAAUGUAAACAGACUCUUCUAAAAUACAUAAGCUUUGAUGUACAAUUUUGCUUUUUGAAGUGCAAUGUGUUUGCAGUGUGUUUUUUUAUAUUUCCAAUACAUUGCUACAUUGUACAUACAGUAAAUAGCUAUGCCAUCCUUUUGAUUGGGCCUUCACCAUGUCCACACCAGCUCUGAAAACAUGGGAAUGCCGCAUAUACCAACCUGUCACUACCAUUCUAUAAAAAUUCAAGACUAUGUCAGAGUAGUCCAAGGUUCUUCCCUUUUCCACUGUCCAUGGUGAUUGUGACUUUGCAAAGUUGAAAAUUAGUUGCAAUUUGGUUUUUAACAUUUGAGGUUCCUAGUUUAUUAAAAAAAACAGACAAAAGUUACACGCUUUUGUAUCUUAAAACUGACUCUUAAUUUAUUUAAAUUAAUUUUGUUAUCUUCGUGGCAAAUGUUUUAUUUGUAGCACUCAUUGUAGUUUCAAAUCUCCAUAAAUUGAUUAUUGCGCCUGCUUUCUCUGCAGUCUGAGGAGCACCACAUGGAGGAAUGUUGCCAUUAUAAGGCUACAGCUUUAAGAGAUUGUACCAUUUCUUUAACAUGUUUCCUCUCAAACAUAAGGCCAAGGCAAAAUGCUGGCAGCAUGAAGAUUCCACUUGACCACCUCAGUAUAAGCUUCUGUUUGUGCCCUCUGUUAAAACUAAUCAAAGAGCCCUGAAAUUAAAGCUAUUUAUUUGGCACUGACAUACUAGAUUUCCACCUAGUUCUUCAGUUUUAGAUAUAAACAUUAUUGUCACAAUACCACAAUCUGCCUUGAUGUUGAGAAACAUCUUGUCCUUGAGGAAGUUAACCUUGAUGGCCUAUGCAACAAUAUUUUCAAUCAAAUGCAGAUGUUUUACUUGGCACUAUUUGACUGACUACAGGAGAAGAUCCUGCUAAGAUGUUUCUGGCUGUGGCUCCAGCACAUGCAACCAGCACUUGAUCUCUACAGAUUAAUUUCAAAGUAGUAUGUUUUAAAAUUGGAUCUCUACAAGCCUGAUCUUGUCCCAGUGCAAGGGAUUUGAGUGUCAGCUGAAGAAGCUCGAGCCUCUUCUUUAGGUGGUAGAUUGCUUUAUACUGGAUUGGCACCCUUCUUUUAGGUCCCAAAAUUUUUGAAACAUGCAAGUAUAAUAGAUGCACUUUUUAAGGCUCAGUACCAGUGUGUUUAUGGUGUAGAAUGUUUUCUUAACAUGUAACGCGCUUCAGCUUCUUAAUAGUAUUGUUUUAGGGUACUUAGUCCCAUGUUUCAUCAGGAUGAACAAUGUUCUAAUCUGUCCCUUGCUCGUCCUGCUUUCUAUCCUUAAUGUCACCAUUAGCACAUCCCCCCCCCCCCACAAACCAGCUUAUAUUUAAUCUCUUUUCUAUUUUUCCUUAGUUCUGGUGACGAGUCAUAU